AUGUAUUUCGUCAUUUAUAAUAUAUAUUUUAUUUUAGAAUUUCUUCUUAGUCGAAAUUCAAUUGAAGGAAAAACUGAUGACCAUGUUUUGGUUGAACAAUGGCAAGAUUAUGUUUUAGCUAAUGCAAUUCUUGCUAAUUAUCUGAAUAUUUUAAUGGUUCAAGCGUCAAAAUCAGAUUUUUCUCUUUUAAAAGAAUCUAAUCGCUGUACGACAUAUAUCAAAAGUCCUAAUUCUUUUCGUCAAACAAUUUCUCAACUAAGUGAUAAUAUCCGAUCUAUUCUUAUAGAUUUAUAUGCAGAUUUAAAUCAUAUUCAAAUUGGUCUAGAACAUUUUCCUAUUCAUUUGAAAACUAUUCUUCUCUUAAUUAAAAAAGGAAACAAUGAUUCCAUUAGUACAUAUCUACCUAAUUUACUUAAAAAAGGUGAAAACAUAGUUAAUGAAAGUUUAACCAUACUGAAAAAUCCUAGAAUAAAAAUGGAACAAGUAAAAGAUCUUCUUAUUGAAUUAGAUUCUUUAAUAAUGGAGGUAACAUCUGAUAUUAGUCUUACGUUACAAAUAGAAGAUAUAAAAACUCAAUGGACUCUUUUUAAUGAUUUAUUUAUUCAAAUAUCAAUUCAAGCUGAAAAUGCUAUCAAUGAUUUUCUUCUUCAAUUUAAUUGGGUUUUAGAACAAUUCAUUCAACUUGAUAUUGAUAAAUAUCGUGAUCUAAUAAUUAAUUUACUUAAAAUAAAAGUUAUCGAAAUUGAACGUACAAUUGAUCUUCUUACAAUAAUAUCUCAAACAUCUGUUGAUAUAUCAUUAGAAUACACAAAUGAAAAAAUAGCUGGUAAUACACAUUUUAUUCUUAUACCAAAUGAACAAGAACGAAAAGAUAUUAUUAAACAACAUCGUUAUGAAUUACAACCUAUAGCAGUUAAAUUUGCACGACUUGCAUUGAAAAGACAUGAUGAAUUUCUUCAACGUACUCAAAAUCGACAAAAAGUUUAUGAAGAAUUUUUAAAUGAAAUGUCUCAAAAUGAUUUAAAUCUUUUAUUAUCAAUCAAUUAA